AUGAGGCCUCCACAUCUCCACCUCUCCGCCGCCUCCGGCUCUCAGGGCGGCCUGGGGAAGCUGCUGCUGCCGCUACUGAUGGCGCAAUUCUGGGUCUCGGAGGCUCUGCUGCUCCCCGCAAACGACACAAGCUCCCGCGUCGUGGCCUCCGGCGCCCCGUGCACUCACGGCUCGCAGCCCUGGCAGGUGUCCCUCUUCAAUGGCCUCUCGUUCCACUGCGCCGGCGUCCUGGUGGACAGGAGUUGGGUGCUCACCGCUGCACACUGCGGGAACAAUAAGCCCCUGUGGGCUCGAGUCGGGGACGACCACUUGCUGCUGCUGCAGGGCGAACAGCUGCGCCGGACCUCUCGUCCUAUCGUCCACCCCAAGUACCAGCAGGGCUCGGGUCCCAUCCUGCCGAGGCGCACGGACGAGCAUGACCUCAUGCUGCUGAAGCUCGGCAGGCCCGUGGUGCCGGGGCCUCGUGUGCGGCCCCUACGCCUGCCCUUCCGCUGCACGCAGCCCGGGGACCAGUGCCAGAUCGCCGGCUGGGCCACCACUUCCUCCCGGAGAGUGAAGUACAACAAGGGCCUGAGCUGCUCCAGGGUCACUAUCCUGAGCCCUAAGGAGUGUGAAGUCUUCUAUCCCGGCGUGAUCACCAGCAACAUGAUGUGUGCAGGACUGGAUCAGGGCCAGGACCCCUGCCAGAGUGACUCUGGUGGCCCUCUGGUCUGUGACGAGACCCUGCAGGGCAUCCUUUCGUGGGGCGUUUACCCCUGCGGCUCCGCCCAGCAUCCAGCUGUCUACACGCAGAUCUGCAAGUACCGCUCUUGGAUAGAGAAGACCAUCCGCUCCAACUGA